AUGAAUAAUAAUGAUAGUACGACUUCAGCAACAGCAGCAACAACAACAUCAUCAUCAAUAUCACCGGUCACACCAAAUCAUCACCAAGCACUUUCAAAUUAUGCACAACCCAUUCUACCACAUCCACUCCAACAGCAGCAGAAACAACUGAUAAAGUCUGCAUCAGAAAACAGUACCAUACACCAAAGUAGUAGUAGUUAA